AUGCUCGCGGCGCUGUGGAAUUCUCCGGGCGCGGCGCAGCCGGCGAUGCCUCAUGGCCUGCAGCAGGACAUCGUAAAGGCCGCCGAGGAAAUGGAGAAGAAGGCGCAGGUGGUUGCCCAGUUGGCCAAGGUCUUUGGGGCCUACAAGGAUGCUGUCAUGAAGAUCCACAAGGACGCCAAGGGAUGCGACAAGACCCUGCCUCUGGAAGAUCUGGUGCGGCCGAUCCAGCAAGUUCUGCAAGAGCACCCGGAGGAGGACGGCUGGUGCUACUUCGGCUCUGGAGGAGCUUUCCUCCAGGAGGGAGCCGCUGCACGGCAAAAGGGCACUUGCCGCCGCUUUCUGGAGCUUACGAAGGAGGUCUACAAUCAAACGCUGAAUCUGCCGAUCGACGUUCCCAAGACGUUGCUAUUUGCGGAUGGGUCACGUGUUACUAUCCGUGACCACGCUUACCCCUUAGAUGAUGUCUACUGCUACGUGAAUGGCUGGUACGACCUACCCCGCCAGAAGUUGAUUAGCGACUUCGACUACGUUGUUCACAUCUCCGAGGAGUUCUGCAAGGGCCUUCUUCCCUCAUAUCCCAACUUGACCUUCGCCAACUAUCUGGAGGAGACUCAGGUGGACUCGGUGGCUUUGCUGGAAGACGUCUGGCACAAAGGCCCCACGGUCUACGUGAACCAAUCCGUGGUAGAAGGCAUGCGGCAGCAUGCUGCGGCCAAGUGUUACGGGUUCAUGGCCACCGAUCCUUUGACCGACAAGUUGCAAGAGAUGGACAACGGGCUGAUCGGGUGCGGCAACCAGAUCGGCGCCAAGUUCUGGGAAGUGAUUGCAGACGAGCACGGCAUCGAUCCCACAGGCACCUACCACGGCGAUUCGGACCUGCAACUGGAGCGGAUCAACGUGUACUUCAAUGAGGCGACAGGUGGCCGCUACGUGCCCCGCGCCGUGCUCAUGGAUUUGGAGCCCGGGACAAUGGACAGCGUACGUGCCGGGCCAUUCGGUCAGCUCUUCCGCCCUGACAACUUUGUCUUCGGACAGACUGGGGCUGGAAACAAUUGGGCAAAGGGCCACUAUACGGAAGGAGCCGAGUUGAUCGACUCGGUCCUUGACGUUGUGCGCAAGGAGGCUGAGGGCUGCGAUUGCCUGCAAGGCUUCCAGCUUUGCCAUUCUCUCGGGGGAGGCACCGGCGCCGGCAUGGGCACUUUGUUGAUCUCAAAGGUGCGUGAAGAAUACCCAGAUCGGAUCAUGGAGACAUUCUCCGUGAUUCCUUCUCCCAAGGUGUCCGACACAGUGGUGGAACCAUAUAAUGCCGUGUUGAGCUUUCAUCAGCUGGUGGAGAACUCCGACGAGUCUUUUUUGCUGGACAACGAGGCGUUGUAUGACAUUUGCUUCCGCACGCUGAAGCUGACGACACCGACCUACGGUGACCUCAACCACUUGGUCUCAGCAGCCAUGUCUGGGGUCACUUGUUGUUUGCGCUUCCCCGGCCAGCUGAACUGCGACCUGCGCAAGAUUGCCGUGAACUUGGUGCCCUUCCCGCGGCUGCACUUCUUCAUGACGGGCUUUGCCCCAUUGACCUCCCGCGGGUCGCAGCAGUACCGUGCUUUGACCGUGCCAGAGUUGACUCAGCAGAUGUUUGACGCCAAGAACAUGAUGUGUGCCGCAGACCCUCGUCAUGGGCGCUACUUGACGGCCGCGGCCCUCUUCCGAGGCCGCAUGUCCACAAAAGAGGUCGAUGAACAGAUGUUGAACGUUCAGAACAAGAACUCAUCCUACUUUGUGGAGUGGAUCCCGAACAACAUCAAGGCAUCGGUCUGCGACAUCCCGCCAAAGGGCUUGAAGAUGGCUGUUGCAUUUGCUGGCAAUUCCACUGCCAUCCAGGAGAUGUUCAAGCGGGUCGCAGAGUAUUUCACCGCAAUGUUCCGCCGCAAGGCCUUCUUGCACUGGUACACCGGGGAGGGAAUGGAUGAGAUGGAAUUCACAGAGGCCGAGUCCAACAUGAAUGACCUGGUCUCUGAGUACCAGCAGUAUCAGGAUGCCACUGCGGAGGAGGAAGGUGAAUUCGAUGAAGAGGAAGGUGAAUAUGAUGGCUGA